AUGAGCUCUACUACUACCCCACCACCCCGCAUCCGGGCAGCGCUCUUCGACAUGGACGGUCUCCUCAUCGACUCCGAAGACCUCUACAGCAUAGUAACAAACACUAUCCUAGAACGCUACGGCCGCCCUCCCCUCCCAUGGUCCAUAAAAGCGCAACUCCAAGGCCGCCCCGGCCCCCAAGCUGGCAAGAUCUUCCACGCCUGGGCCCAACUCCCCAUAACACACGAGCAGUUUCUCGCCGAACAAAAAGAACUCCAGAAGAAUCUAUUCCAAAACUGCAAACCAUUACCCGGUGUUCUGGAUCUGUUAGCAGGGCUAAAGAGUAGAGGCGUACACAUGGCGCUCGCGACGAGCAGUCACAAGGCCAUGUUCGAAGUCAAGACUGCACAUCUGGGGCACGUGUUUGAGAAUUUUAAACAGGAACAUCAGGUGCUGGGUGAUGACCCUAGGAUACCUUCUGGACGUGGGAAACCCGCACCGGAUAUUUACUUACUCGCUCUGUCCACACUCAACAAGACGCUUGAAGCGGAGGGCCAGCCGCCCAUACAACCAGAGGAGUGUCUCGUCUUUGAAGAUAGCGUGCCGGGAGUGGAGUCAGGAAGGAGAGCAGGUAUGCAGGUGGUUUGGUGUCCGCAUCCGGAACUGCUUGUUGAGUAUAAGGGGAGGGAGAAGGAGGUGCUGGCAGGACUGACGGGAGAACACAAAGAGGAUGAGGAAAUCCAAUUGCAGAAGACUGAGGUGGAGGUUGCUCAGGGGAAGAGGAAAUUCGGUAUGCCGGGAGAGAUUGAUGACGGUUGGGGAAGGCUACACAAAAGCUUGGAGGAUUUCCCAUAUGAUAGCUAUGGUAUGGGAACCAAGUCGUGA